GGAUGGGUCAGAUGGUCUCUACUGAUAGCUAGGAGCCCAGGAAGGAGACACCCAGAUGUCCUGUGGCCGAGGGUAGGAACAGCCAGCCUGGACACCCUGGUGAGCUGGAAGGAAAACUCUCAGAGACACCACUGCUGCUGACAUCAUGGCUACUGCUGGAAAUGAGGCCGGCGCUCCCUCCCCAGACAGUGACAGCUUUGUAGAGGUCGACAUUGAGCAUAUCCUGGACACACUGAGCAUUGAAGAUGUGCAGCAACUGCUGAAUGAAGGUUUCACCUGGGAGACAUUGAUGGAGAUUACCGAUUGGUUGAGGUCACCCCUACGGGGCGCCCCAGCAAUGCUGCCAAGAUCCUCACUGGAGUGGUAUUCUCAGAGGGAGGAGGCAGAUGCUGUGCGUGAGGCUCUGACUGAGCCUGAAGCAGACAGUGAUGAAGACUUUCAGGCAAGGGAGAUGUUCUUGAAUGCAUUUCCUCUUGUGAAAAAGGAGAUGCAGGAGGGCAUAGCCAAGCUCUACACACUUGCAGAGAAGGUUGACAAGUUGCACAAGGACUGCACCAUCAUCAACAUGGUGGCCAGCUCCAGCAGUGCUGUCUCUGGCAUCCUCACCAUCCUUAGCCUGGCUCUGGCACCUGCGACAGCACGUGGCAGUCUGUUGCUCUCAGCUGCUGGAAAGGGGUUCAGAGCAGCUGCUGCUGUGACUGCUGUUUCUGCCAGCAUCUUAGACCACUCAAGCAGGUUGUCAGCACAAGCUGAAGCUGGACGCCUACUGUCAAGCAGCACAGACACAGAGAAGGAGGUUCUACAGUUUGUGAAUGAGGUCAAGCCCAGUGUUGUUUCUGCAACAAGGAUGUUUAUGCAAGCCUUUGAAGACAUUGAGAAAAGUAUCAGUGCCACUAACGUGGUCAAAUCCAAACCUCGGUUACUAGCCAAAGCCAACCACCUCAUGAGAACUGGCGAAAUCUCAACCCGAAGUGCUGAGAAGGUGAAGAAAACCCUUGGAGGCACUGUUCUGGCAAUGUCCAAAAAAGCCCGGAUCAGGGGUGCAGAAGAUGCUGGUGUUGCCCUUCUGAAGGAUGUAUUCAACCUUGUGCGUGACUCAGUGCAUUUGCAGGAGGGGGCAAAGACAGAAUCAGCUGCAGAGCUGCGGAAGCAGGCUCAGGUUCUGGAGAGGAAAUUGGAGAAGCUCAUCCAGAUCCAUGAGAGUUUGCAGUGACUACGUGACAGAGGCCCCAAGCUGUGCAGGGCUCAGGGCCCAGGUGCAUUUCAAGAGUAUGUACAAAGGCAGAAAGUGCUGCAGAGGGGAAAAGAGGAUGAGAUCAAGUUUAUGCAACUGGGUGUUAAGGAACUGUACAUUUUUGUGGCUGAGCCCAAGCUGGGAGGGGUUAAUGCAGAUGAAGUGGAUUAAAGAGAAGGCAGGGCACAGGGGCUUGAGAUAAGGGAGAAGCAGUGACUAAAGAGUGUGAGAGAUAGGAGGAAAGAGUUCUUUUUGUCGUAAGGAUUCACUGGGGACCUGGCUAGAAGCAGCUGCAGGAAGAAGCAGUGGGAAGUUCAAAGACGGAUGCGCAGAAGUUGGAAACAGCCAGAGUGUGUGUCUCCUGCCAGGUGAACUGGGCUCCCUGCAGGUUUGAACUCAGUUCCUUGACUUCCGGCUGACUUGAACUUGGUCCACCUCACCUGAUGCCAGGAGCUGCUGGAUGGAGACAACAGUUGCUUUGCAUUCCGAGGUCAGUUGGCCCCUCUCGGGGAUGCUCACUGGCUAAUCCCACUCUUCUGGGCAUCUUUGAAUCCAAAUAGCUCACCAGCCAUUGCCGUCUACUGCACCCACUGCUCCGUUGCACUGGUGCCUUUCUCUGCGGAGGCUCUGGAGUUGCCAGUAGUCACCAUGCACCUCCAGGUUCAGAUCAUCCUUCCCACACUGUGUGUCAGGGCUCAGGGAGAAUGCCCUGCUUGCCACCUCCCUCUUUCUUGUUGAAGUCUCUUUGUUUUCCCCAUGGACUUCAAUUUUCACAUCAGAUCCUCCCUAGAUCCCAGUGACCCAUCCGGACACAAAUGUCAGAGAGGCUGUUUCUCUGCUGUUCACCAUGCUACCACCUUCCCAGAGGCUGCAAGUGUGCUGAUCUUACCACAGCCAUCUUGAAUCCUAACUGAUAUCGUUGUCCCUGAGGAACAUUUACCUUCUCUUCCCUGCACUGUUUCUCAUCAUACCAUAGAUAAACACAACCAUUAUUUGGAAUUUUAUUUCUAUUUAUUUAUUUCUACACAAAAUUUAUUUGGAAUUUUGCUGCCAGAUCCAGGUGAUAUCAGUCCCAGGAAUGUCCUAAUGUUUUUGAUGUUAGCUUGAGAGAAACCAGGUACCUUCCAGCUUGGAUGGGCUCACUCGGGUAAAGUUUAUGAAGAUCCAUCAGUCUUGCUUCUGCCCUUGAGCAAGGUUCUGUACACUGACACUCAGUAAAGGUUAGACUGUCUCAUUCUGAA